AGCUCCGGCGGACCGCGCGUUACGGGCGUUGCAGUGCCGGCCGCCGGGUCCGGAGCCGGAGAGCGUUAGAGGGGCCAGCCAGGAAGGGGGUUUCUUUUCCUUCCCAGUUGCCCGCUCUAGGGCGGCACCGGCUCUGCCUUCCCUCGCCCCACUGCCGUGCGCCCCCAGCCCGGCUCCGGGCGUCAGCUUUUCCUGGCCCCCUCGGGGAGCUGGGGCCUGGAGGUUCGGAGGUAGCGGCCGCUGCCCGGCGCCGGAGUGAAGGGCGCACUCCUCUUGGGCCCUGCCAACUCCGCCACCGGCCGGCACCUCCAUGGGCCCAAGCCAGAAGCCCAACGUGUGCCGCAGGCUGAGUCGCCGGGCGCUGGGCUUCUUCUCUCGGGACGCGGGCGUGGUGCAGAGGACGAACCUGGGUAUCCUGCGGGCGCUGGUGUGCCAGGAAAGUACUAAGUUUAAGAAUGUUUGGACAACUCAUUCCAAGUCACCUAUAGCCUAUGAGAGAGGAAGAAUAUAUUUUGACAACUAUCGGUGCUGUGUCAGCAGCGUUGCAUCAGAGCCAAGAAAACUUUAUGAAAUGCCAAAGUGUUCCAAAUCAGAAAAAAUAGAGGAUGCUUUAUUAUGGGAAUGCCCAGUGGGAGAAAUGCUUCCCAAUACAUCAGAUUAUAAAUCCUCACUCAUCGCACUGACUGCUCAUAAUUGGCUACUUCGUGUAUCAGCAACUACAGGAAAAGUCCUUGAGAAAAUAUAUCUUGCUUCAUAUUGCAAAUUCAGAUACUUGAGCUGGGACACUCCUCAAGAAGUCAUUGCAGUCAAGUCAGCUCAGAACAAAGGCUCAUCACUGGCCCAGCAGGCAGGCAUUCAACAGCCUGUUUUGCUGUACCUUGCAGUGUUCCAUGUGCUACCUUUUUCACUCAUAGGGAUUCUGGAGAUAAACAAAAAGAUUUUCGGGAGCGUAACAGAUGCCACCUUGUCUCAUGGAAUACUGAUUGUGAUGUACAGCUCGGGACUGGUCAGACUUUAUAGCUUCCAAGCCAUCACUGAACAGUUCAUGCAACAGAAACUUGACUUAGGGUGUGCAUGCAGAUGGGGUGGGACUACUGGAACUGUAGGAGAGGCUCCUUUUGGCAUUCCUUGUAAUAUUAAAAUCACAGAUACACCACCACUGCUCUUUGAGGUAUCCUCCCUGGAGAAUGCUUUUCAGAUUGGAGGCCAUCCUUGGCACUAUAUCAUCACACCUAAUAAGAAGAAACAAAAAGGAGUUUUCCAUAUUUGUGCCCUAAAGGACAAUUCCUUGGCAAAAAACGGGGUACAAGAAAUGGAGUGUUGUUCUCUAGAAUCUGACUGGAUCUAUUUCCAUCCUGAUGCUUCUGGUAGAAUAAUACAUGUUGGCCCAAAUCAGGUCAAAGUUUUAAAGCUAAGUGAAGUAGAAAAUAAUAGUGCCCAGCAUCAGAUCUCUGAAGAUUUUGUCAUUUUGGCCAACAGGGAGAAGAACAAAAAUGAAAACUUACCCACUGUUACAGCUUCUGGACGGGUGGUUAAAAAAAGCUUUAACCUUCUGGAUGAUGACCCAGAACAAGAGACUUUCAAAAUUGUGGACUAUGAAGAUGAGUUAGAUUUGCUUUCUGUGGUAGCUGUUACUCAAAUAGAUGCUGAAGGAAAAGCUCACCUGGAUUUCCACUGUAAUGAAUAUGGAACUUUACUUAAAAGCAUUCCACUCGUGGAGUCAUGGGAUGUGACUUAUAGCCACGAAGUUUACUUUGACAGAGACUUGGUACUACACAUAGAACAGAAACCCAGCAGGGUCUUCAGCUGCUAUGUUUACCAGAUGGUAUGUGACCCUGGGGAAGAAGAAGAAACCACAAACAGAAGUUGUAAAAAAGAUUGCGGUAAUUUUAAGUUUUGAGAUGUAUUUUGAGAUGUAACUUCUGAGACUUCUGAGACUUCUAGCCAAACACCCCAGCAGCCAUGUCCAGUCCUCCUCUUUAUUAUCUGCAUAGCAUAUUCUCCAGUAUUUUCCAGAAAGGGUCUUGUGUUGACUUCAGAUGACUGUGACUUCUUUUUUAAACUCUUGCCAUACAAGGUGGUGAGGACUUCAUUUUAUGUAGAGAUUUUUUACAAUGACAUCCCAAGAAGUCUAACAUUUUGCAGUUUUUAGGCGGGUAGUGAUGCAAAUAUAAAACAUUGAAGAGCAGAGAAAGAGGUUAAUUCUAAUUAUUGGGAGAGGGUCAUUGAUGAGUAGGUGUUUAACGUGGUUGUUAAAGGAUGGCCUGGGAUUUUGAUUGGUAAAACUAAGGGGGAGAGAUAAAAAGAAAGAUACAAAAGAUACAGAAAGAAAUCAAGAAAUCCUGUAUCCUCUCACCCAAACUUUAUUUAAGGAUGGAAAAUGAGAUGUAUAAUAUGAAAGCAUACUUUGAGCCAAAAAUGUGUCAUCACAGUUUAAAAAAAAUGUAUAUGUAUAUAUGUUUUGUAUUUGUAUAUAGUAUCAGGAAUUGGCUAUAGUUCCCCAAUUAUCUUUCCUUCCAUGGUUUUAUUCUCUUGGUUUGUUGUUCCCAUUGGUUUUUUGUGUUUCUAUUAGGCUAAUGUAAAAGAUAUCAAGCAAACUGUAAGUGAACAUUUUUUCUCUCAUAUGUAGGCUGUUUAGCUGUUACUAUAUCUAAGAAUGUUGUAUUCAUUUCACUCUUCUAUUUAUUUGGUGAGUCUUCCAAUUCUGCUUAGGCAAUCUUUUCACACCUAGGCAAUAAGAUAAAGGUAUCCUGGGUUGUACCAGCCCUGCUCCCUGUAGAAGAGUAGAUAAAGUCCCAGGAGUUCUUACGAGCUUAGAAACUGACUGGCAGCUAGAAAAAGGUUUUGGCUCUAUCUUAGCUGUGAGAUGAGUAUUUUUUUUUCUUUAUUAGAACUGAUCAAAAUAUGAUCCUUGAACUCAGAUAAUCAUGCUUCGGAAUGUUAACUAAAAGCAACCCAAGUAAAGGGGGGAAAAUGUUUCUUUGUGGUUCCUGCUUGAAAAAUCCAGUUGCUUGCAAUCCACAUGUUUAGCACAUUUCUCUGAUUCAGGCUCAAAAGAAUAACUAGUAAAAAUAGAAGGGGAGGAGACAGCAGUGAAAAUCAUUGCUGAUUCAAAUUUAAAAUUAAAAGAUGGGAUUUUAGCUUGGAUGAUUUACAUCAAAAUCCUCCAGUUUUUCCUUCAAUUUUGGCCUGAUCCCAUGUUAAGAACAAUGUGAAUUCUGCCCUCUUCUGCCCUUGAAGUUUGCAGAUAAAUUUCAGGCUAAUUAUGAUCAACAGGGCUGGUGAGAGAAAGGCGUUAGCUAUUCCGAAAGUCUAGAAAUCAGUAGUAGAGUCCAUAAAUUAAAAAAAAAAUAAAGGGAACAAACCUAAAACUGUCUUUUGUGCAAUAGAAAAGAAGAUUGCUAACAUUUUAGAAUAAGGGAAAAUAUUUAUAUGUUGGCUAAAAAUAAAUCUUUCUGAAUCUGCACUUAUGUAUAAUAACCACUUGGGAAAGUAAAAGUGAUUACCUCAUGAGCAAGAUGAUAAAACUAUCUUCAUAUAUUAAAUUCUCAUACUUUCAUAUCUACUAGUUGAAAAAUCCAUUCUCGUUUUAUGCAUAUUUAAUAGUACUAUUUAAUAUAAUAUUUGAAGUCAGAGUAUUUUGGAGAUAUGAUUGUGAUUACAAAGCACAGUUAUGAAUAGCUGAAUAGUUAUGAUGUGCUAGAUAUUGCCCCAAACUUCCAACUAGACAUGAGCUAUAUCUAAAUAGUCCUGCCCAGUGAAUUUAUAUCUUGAAACAAGUUCGAUAAGAGGAAGUAGAUAAAUAUCAGAGGAAAGAAAAGAAACCAGUAUGGUGGGUUUCAAAGCAGAUGCAGUGCUAUGUAAAGGCAGAAAGCCUGCUCUCCAUUUCCAAAAGUGUUUCAGAAAAGGAUGUCUUAAGACUUCAAUCCUGUCAGAUUUUUUUUAAAAAGCAGGUUUGUUGAGUUUACCUUUCUCUAAGUCAUUGCCUUCUUUUGAUGAAGGAAUUCAUCUGUUCAGAAAGGCAUCUGAGACCUAUCUGAGAUUCUUGGCUGCUUUUUUGGUGGGGGCAGGGUUGGGUGGAAUACUUCCAGUCAAGACAGGAACUGACCGCUAAGAAACGCCUACUGUCUGACUGCUGCCCACAUGAAACUAGACCUGGAUGCACAUGCCAUAUGGGCCAGGCAGGAAAUGCACCUAGUGUGAAAGACAAUAGGGAGUUGUGGACAGUGUAACAAAUAGGAGAGCUAUGCCCCAACUAAAGGGACAAGCUGCUACUGCUUAGUUAAUUAAGCUGCUACUGCUUAGUUUCAGCCAGUUGUAACAUGAUGUGGGAAUGUGGACUGCAUGAUUGUUAACAGGAAGGUUAAUUAAAAGGGUGCCAAAAGAUAAAGAAGAUAGCAAAGGAUGUGGGAAAUGCACAGGUAACAGACAUAGCAGGAAACAAUAGAGCAUGCUUCCCCCAAAAUUAUUGGCUUCCCAGCUCCCCACAGUGGCAUGCAGCUGCUCAUUCCGCCGCCUGCAAGACAUGAGACUGCUGUUCCCCUGAGGGUAGAGGGAAGUGGUAGUUAAUAUCCUCCUGCCCCUCCUUAACCCUCCUCUCUCUCUGACUAUUUUAGAGGCUUUAACUAUGUGCCAGCCUACUUAACAGGUGCUAGUGACAGGCAUAAAACAUUAUGGGUGACAUAUCUGAGAUUGGGUGAAACAGGGUAGCAAGAUUGGGUGAAACAGGGUAGCUUCUUUUAGCAGGUCCAGAUAUUAAGCUGAUGAGAGGUAUAUUUCUGCAUUUCUCUCUUUGAUCUAAGAGUCUGAAUUCUCACAGUAUCAGUGCAGCAAGAUUAUUGUUCUUUGACUUUCUAAAACAUUUCUCGCAACUCAGAGAGAAAACAAAACAAAUCCUAUCGUAGUUGCUAUUUGAACUACAUUGUGAGGAGAUGAUACUGUUCUAUUUAAACAAACUGAGGUUUUGUUCCACAUUUUUCCAUCAGUUGAAUGUUUUGUUUCUUGUACAUACUUUUUUCUUAAUGAUAACAUAUUUAUUGAGUUCUUUCUAUCUGCCAAUCACUGUGAUACAUGUAAAAUGAAUUGUCUCACUUAACAUUCAAAAUAACCAUAUGAGGUAUGAACUACCAUUUUUCUUCCUCAUUUGUAAAAUGAGGAAAGUGAGGCUUACAGAAGUUAAUUUGCCCAAGGGCCUACAACUAAUAAGUGCAGAGAUGGGAAACACAUUCAGAUUUGUUUGACACAAACUUAUGCCAAAUUUCCUCUAAAGCUCUCAAAAGGCAAAGGAUGUUAUUUUAUCCCAUAUGUAGCAUAUUAACAAUGAUAACGUUGGGUAAAUAGGAAAAUGCUUGAAAGUCUUUUUAAAAAAAGGUUAGAUACCGAAUUUUGGAUAAAGUUUGGAUGAGAAACAAUUGGCCUAUUCAUGUAUAUAACGACAUAAAAGAUGGCUCUUCAUGCAAUGGCUGAAAAAAGUCAGUUUUUAAAAAGGUACAAAAGAAAUGGUACUCUCAUCUUGUUUGUGGUGAUAAUAAACACCAGUAUUAGUAAUUACUCUUAAUGUAACUUGGCUUUCUUUUCAAUAAUUAAUAUGUUUUCUUACCUUUCUUACAAUGUUUACAUGUAUGAUUUACCUUUUAGAAUCCCAGGGAUUAUGCUGGGCUAAUUUCCAGUCCCUGUGUUUCUAUAGAGUCUCUAUCCUAUAGAAAGAAUAAUUUAUUUCAGGCCAAGGAUAUAUAAUAGAAAGAUAAGGCCAACUGGCUUUUCCUAAUCAUUUUAUUAUAAAAAUUUUCAAACAUACAGCAAAAUUGAGAGAAUUUUACAGUAAAUACCCAAAUACCAACCACAUGGAUUCUACAUUUUAUUCUACACGUUUUAUUACUUAUCCAUCCAUGUUAUUUUUAUGAUGCUUUUCAAAAUAAAUUGCAGACAUCAGUAUAUAUCCCCCUAAUACUUCAAAAGGCAUAUCAUUAAGUAGGGUUUAGUAUGGUUUCAUUUUUUUCAUUUUUAAGGUACAUUCACAUGCAGUGUAAUGCGUAAUGUUAAGUAUAAGUUUGCUAAUUUUUCCCAAAUCCAUACACCUGUGUAACCCAAACCCUUUUCAAAAUUUAGAACAUUGCAAUCAUGCCAGAAAGUUUCCUCAUGCCCCUUCCCAGUCAUUCCCUACCCGAACUCUCAGAUGUAACUACUGUUCUGAUUAUUUUGCCUCACAGAUUAAAUUUUUCUAUUCUAAAAGAAAUCAUGCAAAGCAUAAUGCCUCUUUCACUCAGCAUGUUUUUGAGAUUAAUUCAUGUUGCCUGUAUCAGUGGUUCAUUCCUUUUUAUUGCUGAGUAUUCUCUUGUAUGCAUAUGUCAGUUUGUUUUUUUCCAUUUUCCUGUUGAUGGACACCUGGGCUGUUUCCACUUUUCUUUUUUUUUUUUUUUUUCCUGUUAUAAAUAAAGCUGCUAUGAACAUUCUUAUACAAAUUUUUUUU